AUGCAGAUGGUGGAUGCAUUUGUGUGUUUUCAUCCAGCGUCAAUGUGUGAAUUGUAUAUGCCAUUUAACAAAAGUCUUCUUGUCAUUGCAUCGACACGUUAUGAAUUAGCUCGUCUGGAAUCGUAUAAAUGGCAGAAAUGGAACGAAAAUUUGAAAAUGAUUGCACGUAAUCCCCAAAAUGUGGUAGGUGCGAAUAACUUGUACGAUGCUGAAUACAUUCGAUAUUUUACUGGACUCAAAGUGACUUUAUUACCAAGUUUAUGUAAUUAUACAAACGCACAAUAUAAACCAGUGAGGAAAAGCUUUUUAUUUGUACCAAUUGGAAAUACAGAGAUUGACAAAACAUUUCCAAGUGCAGUGAGUCGAGAAAAUAUGACUAUCCCAGUGAAUAAGCUUCGUGAGGUGUAUAGUCGAUAUAAAUAUUCGGAUUUGUCCAGUCAUUUGGGAAUAAUUCAUGUUCCAUAUCAAUUAUCAACAAUGAGCAUUUUUGAACAAUAUAGAAUGAACAUUCCACUCUUUUUCCCGGCACUAGACUUAUUAACAGAAUGGCACAAAAAACAAAACAUUUUGUGUCAGAGGACGUGGCAUUGUGCAUAUCACUGGACACGGGCGAAUGGUUCAGUUAUUCGUGGCGUUGAGAAAGACAUGCCCGAUCCGAAUAAUGAUUAUGAUAUAGCUGCUGUGAAAUAUUGGUUAAAAUUCGCUGACUUUUAUCAAUGGCCACAUAUUAUUUUGUAUGAAUCAAUCGAAGAUUUAAUUCAAAAGCUUGAAACAACAGAUUUAAUGGCAGUUAGUGCCAAAAUGAAAACAUAUAAUGAGGAUGUCAAACUGGAUUUACUUAACAAAUGGAAUGGAAUUCUGAAAAGAAUAAAAGAGCAUUGA